AUGUCCUGUCGGGAAAUCGUCUGUCGGGAAUUAUUAUAUGCCAAUACUAUACUACAGCAGCGAUGUGCACUGGAACAUUGGAAGCUAUUGGAAACUUCCAAUUCUUCCAAAUUCCAAUCUUCAAAUACCAUAGAUAUUAUAUGUAAAGAUAAUAUGAAUAAAAAAUUAUUGGAAUAUUGGAAAGGAUUGGAAUUGGAAGGAUUGGAAGACAUUAAUAGGUUUCUUUCUGCAAUUCCACCUCCUAAUAUUCAUUCUGUUCAAGUUUAUGUUUCAAAUACUCUAUUACUUUUAAUUCUCUCUUCCAAAAUUAAUAAUACUGCUGAAAAAAUCUUUCAUUUACAAUAUCCAUAA